GUAAAUCACCUACCCAGUAGCAAUAUGGCAGCUCCCUGGUGUAGUCGCUGCGCUUGGUUACUUCUUGUAUUUAUUUAUUCGUUAUACGUGAUGGUAAUAAGUGAAGAACCUACGCCGGGUAAUGAACAGCAUGCAAGUGUGGUUGAUAAUCCACAAACACCGGCGGAAACAGUGAAGCAACCGACAGAGGAGAGGCGGUGGGAAGCAACCCAGGUUGACGAAACAGUUCCCGAUGAUGCUGCUGCGAUCAAACCGGACUUACCUGUCCCCGAUUCGGUCCUGACACCAACACCGCCGCUCAAAGACGAGUUUCAGGAGGAGCUGGUCGUCAGACCGCUGCACUCGGGAGAUAUUUAUGCUAGCUUCCAGUUUCGCACCGUGUGGGAGACUGACUUCACCAGAGGAAGCAAAGUGUCCCACUACAGGCUGUUCCCCAAAUCUCUGGGUCAGGUCAUCUCCAAGUUUUCCGUGCGAGAGCUGCACAUCUCCUUCACACAGGGCUACUGGAGGACCAUGCAGUGGGGGCAGCCUUACCUCCCAUCCCCUCCAGGAGCUGAACUCUGGGUCUGGUUUCAGGACACUGUGACAGAUGUGGAUGCCACAUGGAAGGAGCUGACAAACGUUUUGUCAGGCAUCUUCUGUGCUUCACUGAACUUCAUUGACUCCACCAACACUGUUCAGCCCAGCGCCUCCUUCAAACCCCUGGGAAUUGCCAACGGUACAGACCACCGCUUCCUUCGCUACGCCACCCUCCCACGAGAAAUCGUCUGCACUGAAAACCUGACUCCUUGGAAAAAACUGUUGCCGUGUGGAUCCAAGGCCGGUCUGGCUGUGCUGUUGAAGUCGGAGAAACUUUUCCACAGCAGUUUCCAUUCCCAGGCUGUGCACAUACGGCCGGUGUGUCAGGACGGGCCGUGCAAAACCUCGUCCUUGGAGCUGAGGCAGACGCUGAAUGUGGUGUUUGACCUUCACGCCUCUGGACAGGGCAAACGAGAGUGGUCUUUGUUUAAGAUGUUCUCCCGGACCCUCACCGAAGCCUGCCCGCUGGCCUCCUCCAGUAAAAUAUACAUCGACGUCACAGACAACCCUCAGGAGGACCAGUUUGAGCUCAGUCCAGCUACUCAUCUGCUGAGCCAGGCGGUGGUGUUGGGGGACAGACGGACCUUUUCCGUCUACGAUCUGACCCAACAAGUCACCUUUGGGACUGUGCGCUCCCUUAAUGUGCUGAUUCGCUGGAAAUCCACAGAGGGCGACAUGCUUCGGCCCUUGCUCCACGCCGAGCGUUACGUUGCUGGGUACGGGCUGCAGACCGGAGAAAUCCACACCUUAAUGUACAACAACCAUCCCUUCAGAUCUUUUCCUGUGCUGCUGCUGGACUCUGUGCCCUGGUAUCUGCGUCUCUACGUUCACACGCUGACCGUCACCAGCAAGGGAAAGGACAACAAGCCCAGUUACAUCCACUACCAGCCGUCCAAAGACCGAAUGCGGCCCCACCUGCUGGAGAUGCUGGUCCAGCUGCCUCCACACUCUGUCACCGAGGUUACAGUGCAGUUUGAGAGGGCUCUGCUCAAAUGGACCGAGUACACGCCUGAUCCCAACCACGGAUUCUACGUCGGGUCUUCGGUUGUCAGUGCUCUUGUGCCAAGUACUGUAGCCAUGAACACAAACAUCACUAAGGAGCAACCCCUGUUCAGCACUUUUUUUCCGACCAAAGAAGAGUCUAGCUACUUCAUACGCGUCUACACAGAGCCUCUGCUGGUGAACCUGCCCACUCCAGACUUCAGCAUGCCUUACAAUGUUAUCUGUUUAACGUGCACCGUUGUGGCCGUGGGAUAUGGCUCCCUGUACAACCUGCUGACCCGAAGCUUCCAGGUAGAAGAACCCAAUCCAGGAUUGGCCAAGCGAAUAGCCAACGUUAUCCGCAAGAUGAGGGGCGUGCCGCCUCUGUGAGGAAGCACCCGAGGAUCCAUUAGGUUGUUACAGAAGUAGGUCCUUCACAGAAUAGAAAAGAAACCCAAAGGCGUUAAUGUUCAGGGAAGAACUGAGUCAAGCACUGGUAUGCAUGUACAUAAAAAGGGCAACUUGAAGUUUUUUUUUGUUGCUUUUUAAAUUUAAGUACAUGGGGAAUGUACUAGUUAACUAUAAAAGUGUUUUUGUGUCUGAAACAAGAACAUUUAUAUAUUAUAUUGCCAUAUGGUCCUGUUAAUAUGCUUCUGAAUUUCUUAAAAACAAUUUUUACUGUUGAA